CGGGCCCGCCAAUCCCCGUGCCUCCCGACCUGUCCCUCGGCCUGGGCCCACCCCGCGCUCCGGCGGCCCCACCCCGGCGGCGCCGCCAGCUGCCCGCUCGUCCCUCCCUCAGUCCACCUGCAGCAGGCAGUCCCGCUGGCUGUCCAGUCUAGAGGCGCCGGUCGGCUGAGUCCUGGGCUUUUGCUCCCCGGCGGAGGGAUUUGCGGCGGCCGAGGGGCGGUGCUGAGCUUAGAAAGAGGAGACAGCUACGGCGGCGGCGGUGGCGGCUGCGGCUGCUCGGGCGGCAGCGCGUAAAGGGGCCGCCGCCGGGUGAUGCGGUGACCGCUGCGGCAGGCUCAGGAGCCGAGUGGGCCCCGGCCCUGAGUCGGUCCCGCCUGACCCGCGCUCCCGAGCUCCCUGUCUUCGGCCGACCCGCGAUCACCGAGGCGGCCUCGCGUCCCCUCGCCCCUUCCCCUGUCCCUCCCCUGCCCCCGCCCCCGCCCCGGGGGCCACCGCCACCCGCCUCCCACGAUGGCUUUGAAGAGAAUCCACAAGGAAUUGAAUGACCUGGCACGAGACCCCCCAGCACAGUGUUCAGCAGGUCCCGUUGGAGAUGAUAUGUUCCAUUGGCAAGCUACAAUAAUGGGGCCAAAUGACAGUCCCUAUCAGGGUGGAGUAUUUUUCUUGACAAUUCAUUUCCCAACAGAUUACCCCUUCAAACCACCUAAGGUUGCAUUUACAACAAGAAUUUAUCAUCCAAAUAUCAACAGUAAUGGCAGCAUUUGUCUUGAUAUUCUACGGUCACAGUGGUCUCCAGCACUAACUAUUUCAAAAGUACUCUUGUCCAUCUGUUCUCUGUUAUGUGAUCCCAAUCCAGAUGAUCCUUUAGUGCCUGAGAUUGCGCGGAUCUACAAAACAGAUAGAGAAAAGUACAACAGAAUAGCUCGGGAAUGGACUCAGAAGUAUGCGAUGUAAUUAAAGAAAUUAUCGGAUAACCUCUACAAAUAAAGAUAGGGGAACUCUGAAAGAGAAAGUCCUUUUGAUUUCCAUUUGACUGCUUUCUAUGAGCCCACGCCUCAUCUUCCCCUGUGCACAUGUUUACCUGAUACAGCAGUGCUGCGUGUUGUACAUACUUGGAACAACAAACUAGAAAUACUGUACUUCUGUACCAACAUUGCCUCCUAGCAGAGAAGUGUGUGUGUGACAAGCCAGUUCUCCAGGCGUAACCUAGGUGUGAGACUAAAAGCUUUCCUUAUUGAUUAAAUUUGGAUAAUGGCAAGGUGAGGGAUGGUGGGUAUGGUAUGUGGUUGGGUGGGGAAGAAAAGUUCCACUGACCUGUAGGAGAUUAUUUUUAAGUGGAAUCCUUUUAAACUCAAAAACAGUUAUGAAAAGCAAGGCGAAGAACACGAAGCUGUUUCUGUAUUCAUUUUAUUCCAAAGGACCUACAUUGUAGGUGAAAGUUAUGACAAACCAGACUAAACUCUACCCACAUCCUGUAUUUUAAGGUCUAAGUUUAACUGGUCAACAUUUAAAUGGAUUGGAGCUAUUAGUACAUAAAGUGUGAUGGGCUUUGUUCCCAGCACUUUUACAUCUUCCCACCCCUUCAACCUUCGUCCUCAGCCCCUUUCUCUGUUCCAUACGUAUUCAUUGGUUUGUAUGUGGUUUCUCAGUUAAUACAUAGCUAAUAGCUCUUAUUUUUCUUAUGUUUUUAACUGCUUAGGUCUAUCUGGAUGUAAGGGUGAAAAUUCAUUUGAUGGAAAUACUUGUGUAUAUUUAAAGACCCAGUUGCUCCUCUGGAGCUUGUACGUUCAAGAAUGAUUAAUCUGUGUAAUAAACUGAUUACUACAGUCAUUACAUAUAAUUUUGUGUGAAUAGGCUUUUUGAUUUUAAGAACUUUGUCUAGCUGAGAUUAGUGGUGGAUUUUCCCCCACUCAUGAAAUGUUUUCAUUUAUACUGGUUGCAUUUUUAAAUCAUGAAGCUAUUCCGGUUUACAUAGUAAAAAGAGUAUCUUGAAAGUAAUUUUACCGAACAAGAUACAGGCAUAAGCUUAAGAACAUUUCCAUGAAACUUACAUGUGCAGUAUUCCAGGAACAUGACUGUUAAGCUAAGUAAUGAAUUUGCUUUAUUAAUGAAACUAAGCUGCAUUUCACCAAAACCUUGUGACAUUCCCUUGGUACAUAGGACAUAAGACAAAAGCAUUGCUGUUUGGUAAGUUAAGCUUCUGUGAUUGUGAUUGUAAAAGAGCAACAUUGACCAAACCUGGGAAACAUGAGCACAAUCUUGUAUUGGAGAGUCGACAUAAUUACUUUGCACUAACAUUGCAGGAUGUUCAUCCAAUUUUAAAUUGUACUGUAUGUGGCUUUUUGAAGUCUUCCCUUGACUCUAGUAAAAUGUAGUUUGAAACUUGUAAACAACUUUGUUUGCCAGAAACAUACUUCGUGUGAACUAGGCAAGUUACCUUUUUUCCCCUCCUUUUCAUAAUGUAAUUGUAAACCAGGCCAGCCUGAAGGCCAUGGCUGAUGCUCUUUAGCCAGCAGGUUCUAAAUGCAUCUUUACACUCUUUCAUAAAAACUGAGGAAUAAAUGUCCACUGCUUUUGGUUUUAAA